AUGAGUAGCUCGGAAACUUGGCGCCAUUUAGAAUAUUCUAAAAAGUUAAACGAGCGCGAAACAGGACUAGGGUUUAGGGCUUUGUUGGCAAUGGAGGAGUGGUCGUCUUCCCAGGUGAGGAGGACGUUCGUGAAGUAUUUCGAGGAUAGGGAGCACCAGGAGAUAGCAUCCAGCUCGCUCAUCCCCCUGGAUGACCCUACGCUCCUCUUCACAAACUCCGGUGUUGUCCAGUUCAAGCGCCUGUUGCUGGAAAACGGGAACCACAACGCAAGAAAGACGAUCAUGCGCGCUUGCAACAGCCAGAAGUGCAUUCGCGCUGGUGGGAAGCACAACGAUCUUGAGGAUGUUGGCAAGGACACAUACCACCACACCUUUUUCGAGAUGCUGGGGAGCUGGUCCUUUGGGGACUACUUCAAGGAGGAAGCCAUAGCCUGGGCAUGGGAGCUUCUCACACAGGUGUAUAAGCUGUCUAAAGAUCGUCUCUUCGCGACUUACUUUGGUGGGGAUGAUAGCCUUGGCCUUUCACCAGAUACUGAAGCCAGAGAUAUCUGGCUCAAGUUUCUGCCACCACAACGAGUUCUUCCGUUCGGCUGCAAGGAUAACUUCUGGGAGAUGGGAGAGACCGGCCCCUGCGGCCCCUGCAGCGAGAUCCAUUACGACAGGCUUGGUGGGCGAGACGGGUCUGCGUAUGUCAACAUGGACGAUCCAACCUGCAUCGAGCUCUGGAAUCUUGUGUUUAUGCAGUUUAACAGAGAGACAGACGGUAAGCUCACUCCUUUGUCCACCCGAAACGUUGACACCGGCAUGGGCCUGGAGCGUCUCGUGUCCGUCUUGCAAAAUAAGUCGAGUAACUACGACACGGAUUUGUUUGCUCCGAUCUUCGAUGCCAUUCAAAAGGCUACUGGUGCUGGGCCUUAUUUAGGAAGAAUGGGAGAUGACGACGUUGAUUUAGUGGACACGGCCUACCGUGUCCUAGCGGACCAUGCGCGGACGCUAACCUUCGCCAUUACUGACGGCUGCCGACCAGGCAGUGAGGGAGCGGGAUACGUACUCCGACGGAUCCUUAGACGAGCCGUGCGAUAUGGUGUGGAUAUUAUGAAGGCUAAGCAUGGAUUCUUCAACGGCCUGGUGGAUGUUGUUGUAACAACCAUGGGUGAAGCAUACCCAGCGCUGAACGGGGCAAAGGACACGGUCAAGAAAAUACUUGCCGAGGAGGAAGCGAGCUUCACCAAGACUUUAACAAAGGGGGUUGAGAGGUUCCACAAGGCCGCCGCUGAAGUGAAGGAUUGCCUGUUAAGCGGGCAAGUUGCGUUUCUACUUUGGGAUACGUAUGGCUUUCCUCUCGAUCUCACUCAGCUAAUGGCUCGGGAGCAGUAUGACUUUCAAGUGGACGAGGACGGUUUUAAUCGAGCACUGGAAGAUGCAAAGCGCAAAUCCCGUGAUGCUCGUAGCAAAGCGCGAGGCGUGGACAUGUCUCUGGAAGCGGCUCAAAUAUCACAGCUUAGAACCAGCGGCGUCGCUCCAACUAGCGACAGCAACAAAUACGUCUGGCACCAAGACCACGAAACUAGAGUUGCAGCAAUAUUCGGCUGUAACAGCUUCACAGACACUUUUAACGCCAGCGUGGAUGACAACUCCAUCGUGGGGCUAGUGCUUGAAUCAACCAGCUUUUAUUCCGAGCAAGGAGGUCAGAUGCACGAUAUAGGCACCAUAGAGGCUUGCGGCUUCCUUUUACAGGUGACAGACGUCAGGUGCUUUGGAGGAUACGUUCUGCAUGUAGGAAUUCCGAAAGGAAGUGUUUCCGUUGGAGACGUGGUCGUUGCGAAGGUGGAAUACGCAAAUCGUUCAAAGCUCGCCGCAAACCACACUGGUACUCACUUGUUGAGCUCGGCAUUGAGGAAAGUUCUCGGAAACCAUGUUGAGCAGACAAGCUCUUUGGUUGCACCGGACAAGCUGAGAUUUGGUUUCAGACAUGGUGCAAAACUGGAGCUCCGAGAGCUUGAGGAGAUAGAGAGACUUGUUGUGAACCAGAUUCGGAGGGAGCUUCAAAUUUAUACCAAAGAAGUGAGCCUUGAAGAGGCGAAUCGGAUUAAAGGCUUACGUACUGUGCCUGGAGAGAUAUAUCCCGACCCGGUGCGUGUGGUUUCAGUCGGGUUGGCUGUGGAAGACCAGCUCUUAGCUCCUUUUCCCGAACCAUUUUCCACAGAAUUGUGUGGAGGCACACAUUUAAGUAACACCAGGGAAGCUGGUGACUUCACCAUUGUGACAGAGGAAAGCACUUCCAACGGGGCUAGACAGGCUGUGGCUCUCACUGGAGCACUCGCAAAACUCGCGAUUGCCCGUGGAGAAGAGUUCGCUUGUCGAGUGUCUAACGCGUUGAAACUGACAAGCUCAGAACAACUGGAGAAGGUACAUAGAUGCUUCAAUGCUUUUUCUUGCGUCUUCUUCAUCUUUAAUCUACUUAUGCUUCAGGAAAUGGUGACUUUGAAGCCGUCACUGGACGCAGCACAGAUUCCACUAACCCGCAAGCUCAUCCUUCGCGGAGAGCUCGACAAGCUCCAGGUACGUCGUACACCUCUAUGCUCCAAACCACCUCUAUGCUCCAAACCCGUGCUCAUCCAUACACACUCACAGGAUCGCGUCAAGGAGCUUAACAAGGUGUCGUCGCUCUCCAACCAGAGUCGUGCAAUGGAUGAUGCCUUGCGCUGUGCUGAAUCGGCUCUCCAAAGCUGCUGCGUCGUGAGAAGUGACGUCGGGCUCGAUGUCAAAGCCAUUCGCAAGGCAGUCUCGGCGAUCAUGGCCAAGGUACCAGAUAUUGCGAUCAUGCUGUUUAGCGUGGACGUGGCCUCGGGCAAAGCUCUGGUCUACGCGGGAGUCCCUCCAAGCAACAAAAGAAUCGUUGCAGUGGAGUGGCUGAGAAAAGCUCUGGAGCCACUGGAAGGCAAAGGGGGUGGCAACAGCGAAACCGCACAAGGCCAGGUAAAACGAAACGUUAGCUUGGCCCUGACCCAUCGUUUGUGUGUGCCAGGGGACCAAGCUUGA